AUGUGGACGAUUCCGAAACCAAAAUACAGAACCGAUGAUGAGGCUGAGAUUACAGUGAACAUUGGCGGAGUCCGGGUGGUACUUUUCGGGGAUGUUUUGAAUCGCUACCCGGAGAGCAGACUGGCGGAGUUGGUGAACUGCUCAACUCAAAAUUAUGAAGUUAUGUCGUCGCUUUGUGACGAUUUCGACCCCGGCAGAAAAGAGUUUUACUUUGACCGAGAUCCUGAUGCCUUCAAGUGCAUCAUCGACGUCUACUACUUUGAUGAAAUCCAUAUCAAACGCGGGAUUUGCCCCAUCUGCUUCAUCAAGGAGAUGGAGUUCUGGAAAAUAGACCAAAGUGUUUUAGACGAAUGCUGUAAAAGUUACCUGAGUGAGAAAGAGGAGGAGUUGAAAGAGAUUGCAAACAAAGUGAAAGUGAUUUUGGAUGAUAUGGAGGUCGACCAGUGCAUUACGCGCACCCAGAGGUGCCAGAGGUUCCUGUGGAAGCUGAUGGAGAAGCCUGGUUCCUCCCUGCCGGCGCGCGUCAUUGCCAUCGCAUCGUUCCUCUCCAUCCUGGUCUCAGCCGUGGUGAUGUGCGUGGGGACCAUCCCGGAGCUUCAGGUGGCAGACGCCGAUGGGAAACUCGUGGAGCACCCGUUUUUAGAGGCGAUCGAGACCACCUGCAUGUUAUGGUUCACCACGGAGUACAUGCUGCGUCUCGCCUCCUCUCCAAACAAGCUGCACUUCGCGCUCUCCUUUAUGAACAUUAUAGACUUUAUGGCCAUCAUGCCUUUCUAUGUGGUCCUGAGCCUCACCUACCUCGGCACAUCCUCCAUGAUGGAGCUGGGUAACGUCCAACAGGCUGUGCAGGCGCUGCGCAUCAUGCGUAUCGCGCGUAUUUUCAAGCUGGCUCGCCACUCCUCCGGGCUGCAGACUCUGACCUACGCGCUCAAGAGAAGCCUCAAAGAGCUGGGCCUACUCCUCAUGUACAUGGGCGUGGGGAUCUUUGUGUUCUCGGCGCUGGCCUACACCAUGGAGCAAAGCCACCCCGAGACGCUUUUCAGGAGCAUCCCUCAGUCUUUCUGGUGGGCCAUCAUCACCAUGACUACAGUGGGCUACGGAGACAUCUACCCCAAAACCACGCUGGGCAAGUGCAACGCAGCAGUGAGUUUUCUGUGCGGGGUGAUCGCCAUCGCCUUACCCAUCCACCCCAUCAUAAAUAACUUUGUGGUCUUCUACAAUAAGCAGAAAGUGUUGGAGACUGCUGCGAAACACGAGGUGGAGCUGAUGGAGCUGAAAUCCGGCAGGGAGGCGCGCAGAAAAAGCAGUAGUUAA